GUCAACAGUGCGCGUUCUGAAUACUGACGUCGCACAUGCGCCAUCUUAUUAGCGCGAAUACUCGAGUAAAAAUUAACAACAAUGUAUUAAAAUAAACACAAAAACUUGAUUAAAAAUCUAUUUUAUUUAUUCAUAAGCCUAGGACUCGAAUAGUCUAUUUUUAAAAUCUACGUCUCAGGAAAUCCAAGAACGUAAGUCAUCGUGGGAAAUCGUUUAAACAUUCAGUGACUUGAAGAUAGUUACUGAGCACCAAAACAAAAUUGUCGUUAUGAUCUGAAGAUUGUCGGUGUAGGCAUCACUUGAAAAUCCGCUUUCGAGUCUGGCGGUAAAGUUAAUGUAUAGGGAUAGGGUUAGAAUUCGAAGAAAACUUGAGAGGAGAGGACCGGCAUUUUGCUGCUUAUUUGUUGAUUGCUGAUACUUCCUUUUAACCGGCGAAGAAUUAAGGAAAACAGCGAAAAUGAGGAGAGAUUUCCGAGUAAAAACGGAUAUAUCCAGGAUUUAUAAGGACGCCCGACAAAACAGUUGGGUUUAUAUCGACAGCUCGAAAAUUCUCUACGUUAGUCAACUCGCCGAACACGUUCGAAAGUUAUUUGAUAUCAAAAAGCCGUUUCACUUGUUGUCGAGGUCCGACGAGACUUACUUUUUCCUCCCUUUUGAAGAAGACGUUCGAAUUUUGGAAAAUAACGACACUGUCGUCGUUGUUCCUGGUACAGGCAUUACUAGCAGCCUAGUAGUAGAGAAAAGUGAAAGACAUAAUGAAACCUCACAGCAAUCCCUAAACCAAAUUUCACACCAAACACACCAAGCUUCCAACGAAGUACAAAAUGGUUUUCUCAUACCACCUACAUUGUUCCAAGAAAAGGUCAGUAAUGCAAGUUCUGAUAAAUCUUGUAAUUCGGAAAAGUCUUCAGCACAGAAUAACUUGAUGCAAACCAUAGAAAACACAUCAGGAAUUUCAUUUACCGGUAGCCUGUAUCGCACAGCUUUGCAUGAAACAAUCGCAGAUGAUACCAAGGAUUCUAAGAUAACAGAAGAUAUAACCGAAGAUAAUAGUAUCACAGAAGACAGUAUGGUAUCAAACAAAAGGAAACGCGUGCGUAAAAGGAAGCAGAGGAAGCCAACAGAGAUAGUACCUGAAAGUGACACAUCUCUCAUGGAAACUUCUGGUAAAAAGCCAAAGAUUAUUGAUUCCAUUCUGAUUUCUUCUGGAAAACAUAUUCGAUUCCAAGGUCUUGACGACGAAGAUACAGCUUCAGAUAAUAAUGUUAAUAACAUUCAAAAUGGUGAUACUAAACAUAAGCAGUCUGUAAAUAAGGAUCUUGCUGCCCUCCUUAAUUUGAGACAGAGUUCAACGCCUUUAACUUUUCAACACAAGAGGAUAAAAAGGGAUUACAUACCAGAAACCAUAAAUGAAACUUCCAUGAGUGUAGAUACUAGCACAAAUAUAAAUAAAUCGCAUGCAAAUAGUAUGAGUUCAAGUAAAUCAAUGAUUGAACCAGAAAGGAUAAAAGAGAACUCAAUGUCAAACAAAAGUGCAGCAGAUGAUACUGUAUCUUUCAAGGUUUUUAGAAUGGCAGAAGAUUAUACUCCACAAUUAUCAAGUGUGAUAAUUGCUAAAGUUUUAGCUAAGAGUUCAGAUGAAUCUCAAUACACCAUGAAAAUAUUGCAUGGUAGAGAACAGCUGCAAGACCCAGAAGGUAAAUUUUCACUUCCAAAAGAUGAAAAAGAUAAGGAUGAUGAAGAAAAUGAUGUGGUUGUUCUAGAGAAAUCCACACUCUUGGAACUAGCAAAAGUCUCGGCGAUCGGGACUGCGUAAUUUUAUCUAUCGUACUUUUCUUAUUUAUAAUGUGUAAGUAUUACCCAAGUUUCGUCAAACGUGUUAAAUAUUAUUAGGUGACGCAAGUAAAAGUUAAAUUAAUAUUUUUUCGUUAUGAUUGUCAUAAAUAAGUGAAUUUCGUUCAGUAACUUAAUAGUUUAUUUUUAUCUUUGCUCAUACAGUUAAACAAUUUUAAGUGCAAGAUUUACGUUGUAAACAAAGUGUUAUAAAUCUCUUUAUAUAAUUUAUAUUAUUUAAUAGAUAUGUAAAAACUUCAAUUGAAAAGCACAUAGUCAACAUCUUCUUUUAAGUACAAUGAUUUAAGAUUAUCUUCAAAAACACCGUUUGUCAUAUCCUGCAAACAAAAAUGUUCAUUAUUACAAAUGUUGUUUUCACUUGACUUUGUAAAACUUACUAGUUUUACACAAAUAAUAAAAGGUGGCUGAGCUUCUGUGAAAUGUACUAUAGGGAUAGGAUCUUUAGCUUUUCUUUUGAAUGCAUCGUAUGGUGUAUAUUUUCGUCCUAUUUUUUUCUCGUCCACGUCACAUAAAGCUAUCACUCGUUUCUGAAAUAAAGUUUAAAAAUGUUAAAUAUCGGUUUCUUGACUGAAUUUUUGUAAAAUAUUUUAUAAUAAAUGAUAUUUGCAUGAAAGGAAAGUAA